CAGAAACUACUUUCUUCCAAGCCGCCAACUGAAACAGAAAAUUUCCCUUACGACACUUCCACACUCUGACUCACACGUUGUUCUGCUGUUUCUUUUUUUCCUGGAGUGAAAAUCUCUCUUGAAAUGGAACACUUCAAAACCCCUUUCAAGGGUAUUGCAAGUGAUGUCAGAGGAAGAGCAGCCUGUUAUAAACAAGAUUGGAUUGGCGGUCUUCGUUCAGGACUGGGGAUAUUGGCCCCAACUACCUACAUCUUCUUUGCUUCUGCUUUACCUGUUAUAGCCUUUGGCGAGCAACUGAGUAGAGAUACAGAUGGGAGCUUAAGCACAGUAGAAACUUUGGCAUCUACUGCCUUUUGUGGUAUUAUACACUCAAUAUUUGGUGGUCAACCCCUUCUGGUACUGGGAGUUGCAGAGCCAACAGUUAUUAUGUAUACAUAUUUGUACAACUUUGCCAAAGGAAGAAAAGACUUGGGGCAGGAACUUUACUUGGCUUGGGCUGGAUGGGUUUGCGUUUGGACCGCUCUCUUGUUGUUUCUUCUUGCAAUGUUCAAUGCUUGCACGAUAAUCAAUAGGUUUACAAGGAUUGCAGGUGAACUUUUCGGCAUGUUGAUUGCUGUUCUGUUUAUUCAAGAGGCCAUCAAGGGUGUGGUGAGUGAGUUUGAAAUUCCCAAAGCUCAAGAUCCAAAGUUAGAGAAGUAUCAAUUUCAAUGGCUUUAUACAAACGGACUAGUCGGAAUAAUAUUCACAUUUGGCCUUCUCUAUACUGCCUUGAAAAGCAGAAGGGCCAGGUCAUGGUGGUAUGGCACAGGGUGGUUCAGAAGUUUAAUUGCAGAUUAUGGGGUUCCUUUAAUGGUUGUUCUGUGGACGGUACUGUCUUUUAGUGUACCAAGCAAAGUUCCAUCCGGGGUUCCCAGAAGGCUCUUUAGUCCUCUUCCUUGGGAAUCUGCAUCAUUAGAACAUUGGACUGUAAUCAAGGAUAUGGGAAAGAUCCCUCCAUUGUACAUCUUUUCUGCCUUCCUUCCGGCUGUGAUGAUUGCAGGACUUUACUUUUUUGACCACAGUGUUGCUUCACAAAUGGCACAACAAAAAGAAUUCAAUCUUAAGAAUCCUUCUGCAUAUCAUUAUGACAUCUUGCUGCUGGGAUUCAUGGUAAACCUCAUAGUCAGGCACUACUGCCACCCAAAUUGUACACUAACUUAUCAUAGACUUAUGUUCUACAUUAAAACAUGCUUGCAGACUUUGCUUUGUGGAUUAAUUGGCCUCCCUCCUUCAAAUGGAGUCCUACCACAGUCUCCUAUGCACACCAAGAGCCUUGCACUUCUCAAAAGGCAGCUAAUCAGACGAAAGAUGGUUAAGAGUGCAAAAGAAAGCAUAAAGCAGAAAGCUAGCAACUCAGAAAUAUAUGGCAAGAUGCAAGCUGUCUUCAUAGAAAUGGACAGCAGUCCAGAAACUACCAUAGUUAAAGAGCUGGAAGACUUGAAGAAGGUUGUUAUGAAAGGUGAAAAAAAAGGAGAAAAUGAGAAGGAAACAUUUGAUCCUGAAAGGCAUAUUGAUGCCUACUUGCCUGUCCGAGUCAAUGAGCAAAGAGUGAGUAAUCUUUUGCAGUCACUCCUAGUUGCUGCAUCUGUAUGCGCUAUACCUGCAAUCAAGUUGAUACCUACAUCAGUUCUUUGGGGAUAUUUUGCUUACAUGGCCAUUGAUAGUCUACCUGGAAACCAGUUCUGGGAAAGGAUGCUACUUCUCUUUAUUACACCUGGCAGGCGAUACAAGGUCUUGGAAGGGGUUCAUGCUUCUUUUGUGGAGUCAGUACCAUACAGAUAUAUUGUGAUGUUCACGCUCUUCCAGUUGGUAUACCUCCUGCUAUGCUUUGGUGUGACUUGGAUUCCUAUAGCUGGAAUCUUGUUCCCUUUGCCCUUCUUCCUUCUCAUCAGCAUAAGGCAGUACAUUCUCCCAAAGGUCAUUCAACCGAAUUAUCUCCGGGAACUUGAUGCAGCUGAAUACGAGGAAAUUACUGGUGCCCCAAGAUUAUCCCUCAGCCGCUCUUUCAAGGAACGUGAGACACCUCGUCUGGGGAAUGAAGAGGAUGGAGUUGAAAUGUUUGAUGCUGAGUUAUUAGAUGAGUUGACAACCAGUAGAGGGGAGUUGAAGGUCAGAACCGUAAGCUUCAGCGAGGACAGGAAGGGUCAGGUUUAUCCAGAGGCUGUUGAGAAAGAAUGAGAUGACAGAUGAGUUGAGUUGAAAAACACGAACAACAGAUAGGCUGAUAACGACGAUAACUCUUCAAUAAAAGAGGUUUAAAUAAAUAAUUUCACACCAAUAGUAUUAGAAUAAUAAUAAUAAUGAUAACAAUAAAAAAGAACCAUCGGGGGUUGGCUCAUAUAGGAUUUUGUAGCAGAGAGGAAGAACGUAUGACAGCAACUUUAACAAAAAUCUUUCUCUAUUUCUUCUGGAGCUGAAUCUGACAAACUCCUAUUAUUAAGUCAAUAGGGUUUAGAUUUGGGGUAAAGUCAUGUUGGGUUGAAAAUCCCAACAAUGUAUACAACCACUCCAGUCCUUCCAAACAUGUAAAAUGCAAAUUUAUUGCACAAAAAAUGGGAAGUAUACAUGUAAAUUGCACCCUAAAUCGUCCAAUAUAUAUCAAUGUGUAAUUACAUUAUGCCCAAGAGCAUUAAUUUCUUUGUUCUUCAGACAGUAGCAAAAAAAAAAAAAAAAAGAGCUUCUUCUCCCCAUAGAAAACAUAACGGGUGAAGAAAUAUGAGCCAGAGAUUGUUAUUUGACAAUGUUGUCAAGUAGGGGAGAUUUCGUUGAAAUGAUUCCAAACUUUAAUCAUCUCAACUUUUAAUGGUAGCAUAUGUAACUAUCAGAUUCUGGGCAAAAUAGAAUAAGUACAAGUAUUGUUUUGGUC